AUGCGUGAAAAUAAUAGACUAUUGGGCUUCACUGGGCUUGAGGGUGGGUUCUCCGCUUACGAGCAACGAGAUAUUUUAAUGUUUUACGGAUUCGGGUAUCUCGAUUUAGGUCAAAGAAUUUUACCAAAGCAUAGCAAAGAACUAAAAGCCACUACUACUGCAUCAUCCGUGGUAGCGAUAAGCGCUUCAUCAUCAUCAUUAUCGUACUCUUCUUCUUCUUCUUCUUCUACGUCAAACAAAAAGAAGAGAGUGGUUAUUACACCAUCUCCAAACACAAUAUUCUCAUCUGAACCUUCAUUAUUCUCUCCAACAAGGAACAAAAAGUCUACUCCAACCCUUCAAAAUACCAAUCAUCAACUUGAAGAGGAUGACAAUGACAAUGACAAUGAUGAUCAUGACAAUGAAACCAAACAAGAUCUUUUACAACCACCAAAGAAAGAAUACAAGAUUGUCAUUCGUCAAGGAUCAUCUAAACUAAAAAUUGCUCCAAAACAAGAAGAUCAUAGAUAUCAAGAAGUGGAAGAGGAAGAAGAACAAGAACAAGUAGAUGAAGAAGAAGAAGAAGAAGAUAAUGAAGAAGAACAAAUAGAUGAUACAAGUAUUGAUACAAAAUAUAAACAAUUAAAAGUAACACCUGCAAUGCAACAAUACUAUCAUUUCAAGAAGUUAUAUCCAAGUCAUAUUCUGUUAUUUAGAAUUGGUGAUUUCUAUGAAAUGUUUAAUGAUGAUGCAAUCACUGUAUCAAGUUUAUUACAUAUUACUUUAACAUCAAGAGGAAUCAAGAAUACAACUAGUGAAAUACCAAUGUGUGGAUUUCCGUAUCAUUCAGCAGACAAUUAUAUAGAAAAAUUAAUUAGACAUGGAAAGACAGUGGCUGUUUGUGAUCAAGUUGAAAGUGUUCAAUCAAAGUCAAAAGGAAGUAAAGUUGUUAAAAGACAAGUUGUUAGAGUUGUAACACCUGGAACAGUUUAUGAAGAUAGAUUUUUACAACCAUUCCAAAAUAAUUAUUUAUUAUCAUUGUAUCCAUCAAAUGAAUCAAUGAUUAAAAAGAAUAAUACUACUAGUAGAGUUAAAUCAAAAGAGGAAGAUAUGACAAACCAAAAAUUCAUUUUAUCUUGGCUUGAUCUUAGUACUGGUCAAUUUUAUUUAUCUCAAACUACUUAUGAUAAUUUAGCAGGAGAAAUUUAUAGAAUAUCACCAAGUGAAAUUUUAUUACCAAAAAUAUUUAUAGAUAACCAAGAUAUUACCAAAAUGUUGAAACCUUAUCAUGUUACUAUUGAAGAUACAUCAAAUUACUCUUUAUAUAAUAACCAUUCAAUGUUUAAGGAGGCGUAUGAUGGCAUUGACGAUUUACAAAUGGUGUCUGAUAGUUUUCCAAACUUUUCAGUCGAGCAACUUGGAGUUGCCGGUUCGAUUUUAAAUUAUAUCUACAAUACCCAGUUGGGAAGAAUUCCUCAUGUCUACCAAUUACAACAAUAUUCACAACAACAAUCAAUGUCUAUUGAUUAUUCAACAAGAAAUUCAUUGGAACUUACAAAAACACUACAAAAUACUAGAAAAGGAAGUUUAUUGGAUGUUAUUGAUAAAACUCAAACUGCUACUGGUAGUAGAUUACUUCAUUAUAGACUUCAAUCACCAAGUUUAUCAAUAGAAGAAAUUAAUUGUAGAUUAAAUCUUUUAGAAUAUUUCCAUGAUAAUAAUGAUUUGGUUAGAGAAACUAGAAGACAUUUAUCUAGGUGUCAUGAUUUGGAGAGAUGUUUACAAAGAGUUUAUAUUGGAAAAGCAGGUCCGAGAGAUUUAGCAUCGAUUGGAUCAACAUUGUCAUCAUUAUCCAAUUUAAAGUCAAUUAUUUCAAAACACCUAUCGUCUAAAGCAAACCGUGGACACGUUGGAAACAAACAAUUGAUACAAUUGGUUGAUUCUAUAGCAGAUUUUGAUCAACUAUUAAAUGAACUAUCAGAAGCACUCGUCGAUAAUCCACCAAUUGGUACUCAGGAUGGAGGGUUUAUUCAACAAUCCUAUAGCAAGGAGUUGAAAGAAUUUAUAAACACUAGAGACCACAGCAAAGAAUUGAUUAGUGGCAUUCAAAAGAAAUAUCGUAGUUCUCUAUCACUUUCAACACUAAAGAUCAAGUAUACACAAGCGAUAGGGCAUUUCUUUGAAAUUCUUUCUACGAAUCGCCAUAAAAUCCCUAACCACUUUAUCCAUGUUCAAACUCUAAUGAGUCACAUGCGUUUCAAAUCAAGCGAUCUCAUUGAAAUGGAGGAAAAGAUCAAUAGAGCUCAAUCACAAGCCUAUGAAAUUGAAAUCCAAAUCUUUCAACAACUUUGUGAUCUAAUCAAAGAAUAUGGUGACAAGAUCAAAGAAGCAAGUCAAAUACUUGCUCAAAUUGAUAUUUCAACUUCUCUUGCUUUAAUUUCUCAUGAAAGAAAUUAUAUUAGACCUAAAAUUAGUGAAAAACCAAUAUUAAAUAUAAUAGGAGGUAGACAUCCAACAGUUGAAGUAGCACAAAUGGAAAAGAUAGGAUCAUUUAAACAAUUUAUAACAAAUGAUUGUCAUUUGGAUUAUGAUACAAAUACAGGAUUGAUAUUAAUUACAGGCCCCAACAUGGGAGGAAAGAGUACUUUUAUUAGACAGAAUGCACUUAUUACAAUCAUGGCACAGAUGGGUUGUUUUGUUCCUGCCGAUAGUGCAGAGAUUGGUAUUUCAGAUAGCGUCUUUAGUCGUGUUGGCAGUUCGGAUGACUUGGCAAACGAUAGAUCAACAUUUAUGGUAGAGAUGGUAGAAACUGCUAGCAUCCUUAAGAAAGCAACAUCAAGAUCAUUAGUCAUUAUGGACGAAGUUGGCAGGGGGACUAGUACUCUUGAUGGUGCUGCAAUUGCUCGUGCUGUCAUUGAACAUUUAUAUGCAAACAAAACUCGUACUCUAUUUGCCACUCAUCAUCAUGAACUUACUUCACUUGCCAGUCACAUGCCAAAUAUUCAAUGUUAUGCUCUUGCAGUAAAGGAAGAAGACGAUGAUUUAUUAUUCACUCACAAGGUUAUGCCUGGCAUUUCAAACAAAUCCUAUGGUAUUUUUUGUGCUCGAUUGGCUGGUGUUCCAUUAUCAGUCAUUCAAAGAAGUCAACAAAUUUUAGAACAAUUGGAGAAUGCAACCAAAAGUAUAGUAGUAAAUAAUAAUAAACAUUAA